AUGAACGUGGUGUCUUCAAGCACUACCCCGGCGGCCAUCUUGGACCUGGAACCGGAGACAUACUAUUGGAUGAACCCAACUGGCGACGAAUUGUGGUUAGGCGAUUGUGGUAGCGUGGUGUGGGGGGUGUCCGACUGCACGCACUCUGAGGACGUGGGAGUACUCUGUUCCGACCCUAACCACCUUCCUAACACCUACGUGGUUAGGGUCGGAGAGUACGACCUCUCUACCACCUCGAACUACGAACAGGACUUUCAGAUCGACAAGUUAUAUACACACCCAGCCUUCGAUGUUAACACAGAAUUCAAUAACGACAUCGCCAUCUUGAAAGUAGUUAGGAAGGCAGGCGCGGCAUCAGGAUUCAACAGCCACGUCCAGCCAGUCUGCCUACCACUAUUCGACUACUACCACCACCACCACCACCACAACUACCACAAUCGGGGCCUCAAGUGCAGUGUGGUGGGCUGGGGCACCUCCUCAGAACGGUCGCUACCUAUUCCGAGUGACACACCCAAAGGCGGAGAGGUGAAUCUGUACCCACUGGAACGCUGCAUAAGCCGGGCCGCAUAUGACCCCAGUGAGUUGACAUCUGGCAUGGUGUGUGCUGGCGAUCUAGAGGGCAAGAUAGACACGUGUACUGGUGAUAGUGGCGGGCCCUUGGUGUGUGGUGGUGGUGGUGUGGUGACUCUGGGCGGGGUCUUGGUGGGGAUCACCUCCUGGGGCAAAGGGUGUGGGCGCCGGAAUAGCCCGGGGAUUUACACCAAGAUUUAUAAAUAUUUACGAUGGAUAAGUACUGUUAUUGCUUGACGCACGCCCACGCACGCCCACACACGCCCACACACGCCCACUCAAGCCCACACACGCCCACACACGCCCACUAAGGCCCACACACGCCCACUCACGCCCACACACGCCCACUA